AUGACGACGAUGGAGAGCCUGAUCGGCCUCGUCAACAGGAUCCAGCGCGCCUGUACCGUCCUCGGGGAUCACGGCGGGGGCGAGGGCAGCGCACUGCCCACCCUCUGGGAAGCACUCCCCUCUGUUGCCGUCGUCGGGGGGCAGGUGGGUUCUCUCCUACGCUGUCCCUGCCUCUGUCCGCGUGCAUUCUCCUUCUCCCUUGAUUCCUAUCCUUGGUUUCUUGUCCUCUGAUUUUUGGGUUCUGUUCUGUUGUGUGUUAUUUUGGUGCGAUCUCGGGGCAGAGCUCUGGCAAGUCCUCAGUUCUGGAGAGCAUCGUCGGAAGGGAUUUCCUUCCCCGGGGAUCAGGUUGGGAAACAUGGCUUCUUGCCUCUUUAUCGACUGUUAGAGUUGAUGUGUAUGGUAUAUUUUGAUCUUAGCCUUUGGGGUGGUCACUCUUUAUGUUACGGAAGUGCAGGAAUUGUAACAAGACGUCCGCUAGUCCUGCAACUGCACAAGACGGAGGAAGGACAGGCAGAGUACGCGGAGUUCCUUCACCUGCCUAAAAGGCGAUACACAGAUUUUGGUAUGUUGUGGAUUUCUCUCGUCAGGAUGACCUUUUCUCUUCAUAUUUGAGGUUGAUUAAUUUUGCUCCAUACAGCUGCUGUUCGCAAGGAAAUUCAAGACGAAACUGAUAGACUGACUGGGAAAACAAAACAGAUCUCUCCGGUUCCUAUUCAUCUCAGCAUUUACUCCCCAAAUGGUUUGAUUUUUGUUCUUAGUCCCUUUUGAUAUUUGAGAUCAAGCGUUUAGUAUAUAAAUGGCCUCUUACAUUAUUUGAAGAAUUUUCCGUCAAGGAUUGUUUAUUGCACGGCUUUACCCUGUGUCUUCUGUUAGAGACAUACUGACACUUUUUGUAGAAUAUUUGUGGCCAUUUUAAAAAAUAUUCUUCUCGAGGGCAUGAAAAUUUCCAAGACGGUGAGAUAGGAAUUACAAGUCACAACUUAGCUAUGUACAUAAAGACUUGAUGAACGUUCUUUCGUUUCUGAGUAUCGUCUCUUGCUUAAAUUUAAAGUAAAUAUUUAUUUCUCGCACUUUGCUACAGGAAUUCACCGUUUUUAUUUUAGCAUCAUGCAUCAAAGUGAGCCAAAAAGGGUACUAUCAUGUUUGUUUCACUUUCAUUGAUCACAAAUAGCAAUGGCUUAAAGGUUCCAAGGAUUGAUCUAUGCAUAAUAUGUUUGCUUCCAUGUCUUAUGUUUCAGAGCCGAAAAUUUCGUAUCUCAAAACUCAUAAGGUUUUUUUACACGUUGCCUUGAAAAAGUCUAGUGCUUUGUAAAUACUUCACCUGAUACGGUUUUUCUGAUUACUUUCAAAAUAUAUAGUCCUUGUGUUUAAUGAUGACGCUGCAGUUCUUUCUUUCAUCCCCUUUAGAAACGUCUCUUAUUUCACUUUUUAUUAAUAUACGUUGGGGAUUGAUCCAUCUCUCUAGUUAUGCCCUUUGUUCUACAAGAUUAUUCAAUAUUACUCACUAAUUUUCAUGUGUUGGCAGUUGUAAACUUAACGUUGAUUGAUUUACCUGGUCUUACGAAAGUUGCUGUAGGUAAAGAUGCCUUGUUAUUUAUUUUUAUCAUUUGGAAUUUCCGUGAUUCUGUAGAUUCUUAGGAUUUCUAUUGGCAACUUUUUUCUUCAGAGGGGCAGCCCGACAGUAUAGUUCAAGACAUUGAAAACAUGGUUCGAUCAUAUGUUGAGAAGGUAAUGAGGAGACCAAUCUAUAUCCAGUAAAUCAUGAUUUUUGAUUAAUCUUUCAUUUGAUAUGUUGAAGUAGGUUUCUAUGAAUUGUGUGACUUUUUGAGCCUUUAUAAUCUUGAUAGAAUAUUGAGCCACAGGUUGACACAAUCUUUGCUGCUCGUAACUUGAUAACUGUACGUAUUUUCAUUUGCAUGUCCUUUACAACCAAUAUACAUUCCUCAUGAAACUCCAUGAUCUGUAGUUAAAUUUGGAGUAUUAAGUCUUCUGUAACUAAUUAAGAACCAACUUCACAUUUAUAUCUCCAUUAUCCAGAAUUUUUUUUAGGCAGACACAUCCAUGAAGUGUUAACAUAUACAUGCUAGAUGGCGGCAACAGAUGUUUAAAAAUAAGAGAUGAGAAGCAUGUGGAUGUUUGCAUCAAUCAUGUCUAUGCCGAAGUGAAAUCAGUUAAGCUGCAUCCGACAUUGGUAGAUAAGGUAGCUGUUUGUUUCUUCUUAAGAAUCAGUUUUGUGCUUGUUAGUCUCCACUAUAUUAGAACGCUGUUACAGCUCUCCCAUGGUACACUAUCUUGGAAAGACAAGAGGCAGUUUGCUUGAAACGCAACAGACAUUUGCCAUUUAUUUGGAUGUGGUUGAAACUGUGCAAUUUAUGAUUGGCAUACAUUUUUCUCAGAUCAACUGUAACUGUGUCUUGUCAAGCGAUUUUCAUUCUUCAUUGUUAUUUACUCAAACACAUACAACUAAUACAAAGGAUGUAUAAUGUUUUCUGUGCCCAUCUUAAUUGUAUCUUAGUUCCCUGAAUUCUCUGAAGCAUAUAAGAAUUGCUGAGAAAAAGAAGUGUUUUUUUAAUAUUAAACAAGAAUGGUAGGUCUAAUUGGCAUUGCGAACCUGCUUUGGAUCUGGUGACUUUAAAUGUUUAAAUAAAAUAGGAGGCUUUCUGAUGUUUAUUAAAUCCCUGCAAUCUAAUAUUAUUUAUUAUUGUAAAUGAGCUGUAGGGUUUUCCCUGCUUAUAUUAUUUUCCUUUUCAUCUUUUGUUCGUUGUUGUAUAUCCAAAAUUCAUCUCUUGGGGUUGUUUUUUUCCGUUUGUUGCUGUAUGCAUUUCUUCAUAUUUCUUUCUGGUUUAUCGUUUGUGCUCUCAUUUAGCUCGUUUCUCCUGCAGCCUAAUUGCAUCAUAUUGGCGAUUUCUCCUGCAAAUCAAGAUAUUGCAACCUCUGAUGCUAUUAAAAUUGCCAGAGAAGUUGAUCCAACGGGUAUGCCUUGAGACUGGCUUUUGUUAUGCAGCUCCAUCUAUCAAAUGCUUUCAAUUUUCUUGAUUUGAGCUAUAUUGUAGGUGAAAGGACGUUUGGUGUGUUGACAAAGCUAGAUUUGAUGGACAAGGGAACAAAUGCACUUGACGUAAGUAGUAACCUCGUUUGGUAGCCGAACAUAUGAGUACAUCAAAUGUGUCUUGGAUGAUGGUUUUUUCUCAUCUUUGUCACGUCGUAUCUAUUAUAUUCUUGAUAUUUUCCUUGUCAAAGAUAUACCCAGAUAAUAGUUACUUUACCUAUGAUGUAUUCCUUAGGUUCUUGAGGGAAGAGCUUAUCGGCUACAGCACCCUUGGGUCGGAAUCGUUAAUCGCUCUCAAGCAGAUAUAAAUAAGAAUGCUGACAUGAUAUCGGCAAGACGAAAGGAGAAAGAGUAUUUUAGCAGCAGUUCGGACUAUGGACAUUUGGCUAGUAAAAUGGGUUCUGAAUACCUUGCAAAACUUCUCUCCAGGGUAAUAUGCUCAUAUUGCUGUGAAAUGCCUCUUAUUUUGGAAUAAAAGUUUAUUGACGAACUAUUUUUUCAGCAUCUUGAGAAUGUAAUUAGAUCACGUAUACCAAGUAUUACUUCCCUGAUAAACAAGACAAUUGAUGAACUCGAGUCAGAGAUGGACCAACUCGGUAGACCCAUUGCCCUUGAUGCAGGGGUAAGGUUUUUUCGAAUCUUUUAAGUUCUGCUCUCUAAGUGGAUUACACAGUCCACUUCAAUUGUUGUUCUUCUGCCUGCUUUCAGGCUCAGUUGUACUCUAUUCUGGAGCUUUGUCGUGCAUUUGACCGCAUCUUCAAAGAACAUCUUGAUGGAGGGUAAAGGCCUUCUUUUGUUCAUUUAGAUAUUUUAUCUUCUGAGGUAAUUUUUAUUUCGACAAUUUGAACCUUGUAUUUACCUAGAAGCAGGUGCUCAUUUUCGUGAUGAUUAACCAACCUUUUAACUAAUUUAAUUAUCAAAAAGUUUCUAUUCUGAAGAUUAACAUCUGUGUCUUGUCUAAAGCAUUAACUGUUUCUUUGAGACUCAGGUGUUAAAGUAUAAAUAAAAAAUUGCUGAAAAGUGUAAAUAAUAGCACUUAAAACCAUAUAUUCGCUGAAUGUGUAUCAAGAUAUUACUGGCUGAAAUGACUAGUAGUAUAAACACCUCUAAAAAGUUUCAGUAAAUUACUGAAGAGUAAUUGCAAUAUUUUUAGUGGAAGAAAUAUAAAAUGGUUUGCAAUAUUCCCUACGGUAAAGGAAACGUAAAAGGGGUAGUUCUUCAAGGUAGGGAAAGAGCAAAUAUAUUUCAUGGUGGUUCUUAUGAGAUCUUUGGUUUGAGCUAUCUGUCGUGUUUCUUUUUUGUCAAAGCUGCUAAGGUAGUUGGUAAUAAUUAGUCAUUUCUGCUGUUUUAGGGCUUUCAGCAUCAACGUAUUUUUUGAAUAUUUGACUAGAUGAUUCGUGCUGAGAAGAAAGUCUAUCUUUCACUCGGAUUUGAUGUCUUUUGCCUCUAACCUGUUUUCUUAGAUUGAACAUGUCCCAAUCAAUCUGCAUGUCUCAAGGGUUGCUCUGUGUAUCCUUGUGCCAUAGAGAUACCCUCACAUGCAGGAAUCUGCUACCGGUGCUAGUUUUCAAUUAUUUUUCGUCAUUUCAUUUUCGUAAGGAGAUUCCUUCCGCCAUGCCACUAUUCCAGCAUUUCAAGGCCGACAAUGGGUUAGGAGAAGAGGUUGAAUAGUCAUUAUUUUGUUCAAAAAGCUACGCCACUCAACUCAAAGGUUUAGCAGAGAGUGAGUGGAGUUGGCUCACAUUAUUCAAUCUCAUUAUUUAACUUGCCAUAUGCAAUGUAUGGCUAUUUUCACAUACCUGAUAAGGUGGACACCAUAGAUGACGCGCAGAAGCCAGGAACCCUUGAUAACAAACUGUACAAUGCAAAGCCAAUUGACAACAAGUAAAAGUAUUCUGUCUAUGGAAGUACUAGAUUAGCUUGUUUUAUCUACGUGGGAGUGUUCUAAUUCCUUGGAAAAUGGUCUCUAAUAAGGCUUUAAAUCUUGCAGUUUUUAAUUUAUUUUUCCCACUGAGUUAAGUGGCAGCCUUAUUCUGAACCGAGACUGUUUUUACCGUAGGCGCCCUGGCGGUGAUCGAAUUUAUGGUGUUUUUGACAAUCAACUCCCAGUGGCUUUGAAAAAGCUUCCAUUCGACCGGCAUCUCGCUCCUCAGAAUGUGAAGAAAGUGGUCUCCGAGGCUGACGGCUAUCAGCCCCAUCUAAUUGCUCCUGAGCAAGGUUACAGGCGCUUGAUUGAUGGAGCCCUAAACUAUUUCAAAGGUCCAGCGGAGGCAUCCGUUGAUGCUGUGGGUGACUUUUAAGUCUUCAAAUUUUCUUUUUCUGGUAUUCUACCAAUGGCUUUUCCUGCAAGAAUUGAACGAAGUAAAAAUGGAAAAAUACUGCAGGUGCACUUUGUUUUGAAGGAGUUGGUGAGGAUAUCGAUAGGAGAGACUCAGGUGAGCUCAAGAACUUUAUUUUUUAAGUUUGAAACGAACGACAUCCAGCACCUGUUUAGAUUAACAGCAGAAGUCUUCAUGGCAACCAGGAAUUGAGGCGGUUUCCAACCCUCCAAGCUGAGCUGGCAGCUGCUGCAUAUCAUGCCCUAGAGAGAUUCCGGGAGGACGGUCGGAAGACAGCACUCCGGUUAGUGGAGAUGGAAUCAUCAUACCUAACUGUUGAAUUCUUCAGGAAGCUUCCGCAGGAAGUAGAGAAGGGUGGGAAUCCCUCCAUCCCCACUGCUGAUAGAUACAGCGAUGGACACUUCCGAAGGAUCGCCUCAAAUGUAUCGUCAUAUAUUGGAAUGGUCUCUGAAACGCUGAGGAACACCAUACCAAAGGCAGUAGUCCACUGCCAAGUCAGAGAAGCCAAGCGAUCUCUCCUCAAUCACUUCUACACUCAAGUUGGCAAAAAGGAGGUGCCUUCCUCAAGGAUACCAUGAUCUUUAAUACCUUUUUUCCUCUAAGAUCUGAAUGGUUUAUCUUAUUUUCGCUUUGAAUGGAAAUUCGCUUUAGAAUUUUUUUCUAAGCAAUCCAUAUCCACUCUCAUUUCUGCACCCAAGUUGGAAAAAAGGAGUUGCCUUCCUCCACCAUUCCCUCGUGCUGUACCCCUUCUACACAUUAGAACUAAAUGGGCUAAACCCGUCUAAUGGGUUUUAUGGAUUUGUUUUUCGUUUUAAUCUCGUUCUCCAGGGAAAGCAGCUCGCCCAAAUGCUGGAUGAGGAUCCUGCUCUCAUGGAGCGGAGGCUGCAGUGUGCUAAGAGGCUCGAGCUUUACAAGAACGCCAGGGAUGAGAUCGACUCUGUUGCAUGGACCCGGUGA